CCAUUCAAUGAAGGCUUCUUUAGUGCACCUGCUCUAUCAUUUCCAUCUAGAAAAGAUGGACAUAUGGGUUUUUUAGAAAUUUAUCUGGAAUGCAAUGAGAUUCCAGAAUGGUGCAGGAAUCAAGUAACAGCUUCAUCUAUGUGUUUGACUAUGCCUACACAUAAUAACUUCUUAGGAAUGGUUCUCUGGGUUGUUAUCGACUGUUUGGAAGUUGGCCUUUUUCCAAGCUUCAGGAUUAGCAUUGCCCAUAAAGAGCCUUCAAGUAUUCCGUGGAGUAAUAUUGGAAUACUUGAUGGGCACAGGGAACUGACAUGUGUAUAUUACAUAUCUAUCUUAAAUGAAGCUUUUUAUGGCCAGAUGAUUAAAGGCGGGGAAAGGAUAGAAGUGGGGUCAGAAGACGUUACAGUAAAGAAGAUAGGGAUCCAUCUGUUAUAUUUAGACCAACACGGUAAAGUUAUAUCUUUGCCUGGAGACGUGGAUCAUUCUUAUUAUAAGUACCCAAAAAGAGUUUCAACAAGCUUUAUCUCUUCUUUGCCCGGAGACGUGGAGCAAAUUUUCUUUAUCAACCAAAAUUAGGCAAAUGUGGAGAUUUGUAAUUAUGGCCAAUAUUUUGGCUAAUGGAGUCAUCUCACAUAAGCAUAAGCAUUUUUGCAAAGUGUAAGACUGUUCACAAUAUCCUUUGGGACCCAAAAAUAUUGCAUUGUGUGGUGGACAUCAUUUGCAAAAGUUGUAUUUCUUCUUUUGCACCUAAGAGGCCAAGACUUUUUUGCCUAUAAAAGGGAAGACCAUUAGUUCAUUUUAGACACAUCAACAAGACUUGAGU